AUGAAGAAAACCGUGUUGUUCAUCGGCGGAACAGGUGCCCAGGGGGUACCCGUCGUGAAAGCCCUGGCGACCGACUCCAGAUAUAAUAUCCGCGUCCUUACAAGAAGCGCGUCUUCGAAAGAGGCGAAGGACCUAGCAAGCCUAUCAGGCGUAUCAAUCUUUGAAGGAAACAGCUAUGACGAAACCACUCUCCGUCAAGCCUUCAAAAACAUAAACUGCGUCUUUGCCAACACCAACGGCUUCGCCAUUGGCGAAAAAGCAGAGAUAUACUGGGGCAUCAGGCUCUACGAGCUAGCCCGAGAAUUCAAAGUCGAGCACUUUGUCUACGCAGGUCUGGAAUACGGUUCUAAGCUUGGUAACUUCCAACGUAAGUAUAGAUGCGGUCAUUUAGAUGGGAAGGGUAAGGUCGUGGAUUUUAUCUCCGCGCAGCCGACAUCACCUAUGGCAUGGUCUAUUUUGACGUCAUGCAUGUAUAUGGAGGCUUUGUCGGAAUUUCUGCGCCCGUUCCCUGAUCCUAAAGAUCCGGGUACGAUGGUUUUCACGGUGCCUCUUGGGGAAGGGAAAUGUCCUCUGAUCUACCUAGAGGAUUAUGGAGCAUAUGCGAGAUGGAUCUUUGAUAGGCCUGAUCAGAGCAAUGGGCUCGAAUUACAUGUUGCGACUGAGGAUAUUAGUUGGAAAGACCUUGCAUCUGCGUUUUCGGAAGUCACGGGUCAAAAGGCAGUGUAUAAGGACGUGGCCUUGGAUGAGUAUUUCAAGCUUGGUAUCCUGGAUCCGGAUAUGAUGGUUGGUCAUUCGACUGAUCCUAAUGACUCGACUCUACUCACUUAUAGGGAAAACUUCUCGGGGUUCUGGAAUACAUGGAAGGACAAUUUGACUAGGAGGGACUAUCAACUAUUGGAUACGAUUUUGCCAACAAGAGUGAAGUCUGUGAAAGAGUGGAUGGAAAAGACACAUUAUAGCGGAAAGCCUACGUCGGUGCUAAAGGAUUACCGGGACAGAGCCGCGAAGAAAUAG